ACGACCGGAUCUGCUGGAGCGCGAAACACUACGUCCAGUUGUACUGUGAAUUUUGAAAAUGCUUUGACAUUUAUAAAAAAUAUAUAUAUAUCCAAAUUGGUGGCUUAUCUGCCACUCGUAAGCAUGGCGAUGCAAAGCCUAGAACAAGAAUAUGCUUUGAAUGAAAGAGGAAGGUUUUUCAUAGCAUCUGAAACGCAAGGCGACUGGGACGAGGAGGAUCAUGUGGAUCACCAUAAACUUAUUUUAUUCAAAGCUCAAGCUUUAGCGUCAGAAAACCGUCUCAAAGAGGCUGUCGAUAUGUUUGCCAUGGCUCUCCGGUAUGGCCCUGUUCGACCGGACCAACUGAGCACUUUAGUGGGAUGCGUUCUGCGCAACUUCAAGACGAAAUCUGGGGAAGAGUCUCCUAGAAAGAGUGAGCCAGAAUGGACAAAAGAGGGGGAAUUCGACUGCCCCGGUUGUCAUAGUUUUAUAGCCGAGCCUGUGACGGUGACCUGUGGACAUUCGUACUGUAGAAGAUGUUUACAACAAAACCAUUUCUCCAAAUGUAAACUUUGCAGCGAGGACAUCACGAUGAGGCCCGGGGAACUCCGAGUCAACGUGAUCUUAUGUGGACUUCUAGAGAAGUGGUUUCCCGAAGACGUUAAAAGAACGAGAUGCGUAGGGGAAGCCGAAAGCCUAUUGAGGAGUAAACAGUACGACAAGGCUAUUGCACUAACGAGUAAAUUAUUAGAAUCUGACAUUAGUAAUGUGUGGGUGCGGGCAUGCCACGCUGAGGCUCACAGAGGACUGAAGCAGUACCGUCAGGCUUUGAAAGACUGGGAGUCUUGCCUCAGUGCUACUCCAUCCCCAGAGGGAUAUUUCUGCAAAGCAAAGAUUCUCCAAGAGAUGGGUCAUGUAGAUGAGUCUCUGCAAGUCUUCCUUCAAUGUUUGGCUAUGGAUGAAAACUUCCACCAAGCCAAACAAGAGGUGGAAUUGAUUUUGCAUGACCUGUUAUCUCCAGCCUGUGAAAAUGUGAAGGUGGGUUUGAAAGAGUCAGCCCAGAACACCUCCCCUCACCUGCGCUGUAAAACCCUGGCAACCGAGGGCCAGGACCAAAACCAGCACACCCAACGAGCGGUAUCCGCCCAUCUGCCCCCUAAAACCUCAGAGAAACCAGGUCAAAGUGAAUGUUUAGAGCGAUCUGGCCUGAGUAGAGCUCACUCCCUUUGUGCUCACGGGAUGGUCGGGGCUGUAGAGGAGGGUCUUAAAAGAGUUAGCUCCGCCCCUCAGUUGGGUGACCCAGAAAAGGGGGCACUACUUAAAAGGAAGCUUUCUGUGUCUGAAGCAGGGCCUGGCGUGGCUUACAGCCAUGGCAGUAAAUAUAAAAAGCAUGUAGUGACUGGCAGCACUUCUACUCCUGUGGUUACAGAGGAAACCAAGUCCCAUCGAACCCUGCCAAAAGACCUGCUGGACCCAAAUGAUUUUGAAUGCUCCCUCUGCAUGAGAUUGUUCUAUCAGCCUGUCACAACACCCUGUGGUCACACCUUCUGUAAAAACUGUCUGGAGCGUUGUCUAGACCAUAACCCGCAGUGCCCUCUCUGCAAAGAAAGUCUCAAAGAGUAUCUUGCCUUUAGAAAGUACACAAUCACACGAGUGCUGGAUAACAUCAUUAUGCAGUAUCUAUCCAAGGAGCAUUCAGAGAGAUUAAAACUGCACAUGGAGGAAACAAAAGAGCUCUCUGAUUUAACAAAGAAUGUGCCCAUCUUCGUCUGUACCAUGGCCUACCCCACUGUGCCUUGCCCCCUCCAUGUGUUUGAACCACGAUACCGUCUCAUGAUCCGACGCUGCAUGGAAACGGGCACACGUCAGUUUGGCAUGUGCAUCAACGACCCCCAGAAAGGGUUUGUGGACUACGGCUGCAUGCUCCAGAUUCGCAGUGUACAUUUUCUCCCAGACGGGCGCUCUGUCGUGGAUACAAUUGGCGGGAAGAGAUUUCGCGUUCUCUCGCGCGGAAUGAGAGACGGAUAUUGUAUCGCCAACAUUGAGUAUCUGAAGGAUAUGAAGGUAAAUGACGAGGAAGAGUUAGAGAAUCUACAAGUGUUGCAUGAUCAGGUUUACGACCAGGCCCGCAAAUGGUUCCAAAACCUGGAGAACCGUUUCAGGAACCAGAUCCUGCAGCAUUUUGGCCCAAUGCCUGAGAGAGAGGCUGAUAUCCAGGCCACACCAAAUGGUCCAGCGUGCUGUUGGUGGCUGCUAGCUGUUCUUCCUGUCGAUCCUCGUUAUCAGCUGUCUGUCCUUUCCAUGACAACUCUAAAAGAACGACUAGUCAAGAUCCAACACAUCCUCACCUACCUGCAGAACCUCCCCAGUGGCUAGAGCUUCCUUACACACAUUGGAUUCUGAUGAAGAACUGAUGAGAUUCCAAGGAGACUCGACUGAAACCCCUGAACAGACUUCCAUCUGAUCUGGGGUCAGAUGUAACUCAUGCCAAGAGUUUUAAGAAUGAAGUGAUUUCCAUGGUGUCACACUAAUCUGUUCAUCACCAUCUUACCUCAGAGAGCAUUGUUGUAAAGGAAUUCUGUUAUGUCUAUGUGGAUUUUAUUAGCACCAAAUCCUCUUCACUUCACUUUCAUUAUAUGGAAAAUAGCGACCAAGACACCUGCACAACACUACUUUUGUGUUAGGCUGAAGAAAAAAGUCAUAUAUGUUUGAAAUGACAUUACAGUGAGUAAAUGAUGAAAUAUUCCUUUAAGAGUUUUUAUCUGUUUUUUGAACACUGAUUUAAGUUGAAGAUGAGUGUUAGACAAAAUCCCCUCAUGUACAAUUUAUUAAGUCCGUCGAACAAUCUGUCAGAUCUCCUUUUGGCAAAACAAUCAACUUAAAAUAUUCUUCUGAUGCCCAAAGCCUCCAUACAGUGCUUUGUGUGCAGAAAUAUUGCUGGAGAGCAUUCCAACAUUUAAGACAUGAUCAUGUCAUGCUUUUGUGUGUGUGUUGAAAUAGACAACAUCUUUAAUGCUACAAGACAUUUUUGGCAUCUUCAUAUAUCUUUUCCAUUUUAUUUCACUUAAAACCCUGGAUAAACAAAAGUUAGAAAUCUCACUUCAGAGCCUUCAUCCAAGCUUUCCGUCACCAUAACUGUCAAGCAUGCACAAGAGGUUGUUGUUGCACAGCAGCUGAGUUGCCUAAGACUGAAAGAACCCGAUCAAAGAUGCGCUUGUAUUAAUUUUGCAUUACUUUUGCAGUACUGGACGAUAUUGACGCUUGCACAGUCCUAUUCUGUCUAUAAAUUUUUGCUUAAAAGUGCUGACAAUAUUGUUUUUCUUAUCUAUUUAUUUCUGCCGAGGACAUGCACUCAUGAUUAGGACUUCCAAAUGUACUUCUAGGUCUCAGUAGUUUAGCCUCAAAUUUACUGUAGAUUUGCUGUUGGUUUGCAAAUAAAAAAGCAAAAAAGAUAAAAAUAAUAAGUGUCACUUUUAGGUACAAGCUACACUCUUUGUCAGAUCCACUACAACUUGUCAGUUUAAAGGCCUAGUUGUCAUAUCAGUGUAUUUUAACUAUGUUUGUACAAAAUAAAUUGUAAAGGGGAACUUGCAAUAAUUGGACUGAUGGAUCAGAACAGUCUAUAUGGUUGCUACUUGCAUCAUACUGAAAGGAGAUCCAGCAAGCAUUCUGAAUACUGACUGUUUAAUGCAAACUCUUUAGCUCAUAGCUGUGUGAUGCUUGUGUGCAGACAAACUUUUGCCUUAUAAUAUCUUGUUGCAUUCGGCUCCCAUGGUAUAAUGCAUCGGCUUAGGUUUUUGCAUUCUGGAGAAAUAAUUCUGUGGUUUAAUUUACUUCAUUCGCCUCUUGGCCAAAAUCCUUUUCAGUGUGUAAAAUAUGUCAAAUAUUAGCUUUGUUUUAUGUAAAUCAUUUUGUUUUGAAAAAUAUUUUUUUUUAUAUAUAUAUAUUUCUUUGCUCAAAUAUUUAAGUUGUCAAUUUUCAAAUAAAAUGCACAUUUUUUCAUUGUA